AUGGCUACGACCGACCAACUCCAUGUAGCGAACCUCUUCUCCAUGAAGGACGCCGUCUGCCUCGUCACGGGUGGCGGUACUGGUAUCGGCCUCAUGGCCUCCCAGGCCCUCGCCGCCAAUGGCGCCAAAGUCUACAUCACCAGUCGACGCAAGCACGUCCUCGACAACGCCGCCAACACCCACGACCCCAAAUCCCAAGAGGACUCGUCCCUCAACGGCGAAAUCAUCCCCAUCGGACCCUGCGACGUCACCUCCAAAACCGACCUCGAAAACCUCGUGGCCGAAAUCGAAGCCAAGGAAUCCCACCUCACCCUCCUCGUCGCCGCCGCCGGCAUCGCCGGCCCCAAGGGCUUCCCGGACACCUCGGACGCCACGCAACUCAAAGCCAACCUCUGGUCGGAGAAAGUCGACGACUGGAACCAAACCUACAACGCGGACGUCACCUCUGUGUUUUUCUCCACCGUCGCCUUCCUGCCGCUCCUCCAGCGCGGCGUGCAACGGGGCCACGCCGCCUCCGUCAUCGUCAUCAGCAGCAUGAGCGGCAUGAUGCGCCACAGCCAGGCGCAUUUCAGCUACAACGCCGCGAAAGCGGCGACGGCGCAUUUGUCGCGCAUGAUGAGUCGCGAGUUCGCAAAGACGGGCGUGCGCGUCAACAGCAUCGCACCCGGGUAUUUCCCUAGUGAGAUGACCAUGAAGGAGAGUGAUGAAAGGAAUAAGGCCGAGAUGCCGGACGAGAAGGUCAAGGAUAAGGGCCAUGAGGUCCCCGCGGGGAGGUCUGGGACGGACGAGGAGAUGGCCAUGGGGGUCAUGUUCCUUGCCAGGUGUGGUUAUGUUAAUGGUGAGGUCGUCAAGCUGGAUGGCGGCGUUAUGAAUGAAGUAGGCGGCGGCUGA